AUGAGCAGAAGGAGGUUCUGUUUACAGUGCUGCAGUUGUGAUGGCAAACUGAAGCAAAAAAGGCUUUGGAACCUGCACAGAACUGUCUCACAUGAGAACAUCGUCGAGCACGAAUGUCUGACUACCUUUUUCGAUCGUCAGCUGGUUCCUGUUUAUAAAAGGUUCAGUGGCCUUUUGAAGAUCAACUACCAUCCCUAUGGUAAUUUUAAGAAAACCUCAUGUCAUCAAGUCGAUGGGAAUUGGGAGUGCACAUGUCAACAAGGGCCAGUUGAGUGUCAGAAGAAUUAUCUACAGGCAUGCAUGCUGGAUAGGAUAAAAGACCCGUAUCCCAUCGAUCUAUUGAGAUGCAUGCAGAAGCAAAAAACGUUCUUGGGAGCUUCUUAUGUCUGUUUAGAGGAGAAAUUUAAAAUUGACCGUCAAAUCCGCGAAAGUAUCCUUGAAUGUGCAAAGAGCCAAGAAGGUGUAAAGUUAAUGGUCGCAACCGGCGUGAGAUCGCUUAGGAACGAAAUUUUCCAAUAUUAUUAUGUACCACAUAUUGCGAUCAUGAUAGCAUCAAGGCAGCUGAACAUUUUUGAACUCGUGCUCUGCCAAAGUUUCUCGACCGCGACUUCACAAUGGGUCGGAUCCAACUGCUACCUGAUUGUUUAUUUUGCAUAG